GAGGGAGCAGGGAUGCGCCGUCGAGCGGACAAGGCCCCCUCGAAGUCAAAGAAGGUCGAGGAAAAGAGUGUUAAAAUGACUAAAGCUAAUGUCCGCUGUUGUCCAAAGGAGGUGCUAGACACAAACCAGUUGCUGAACAAACCGCAGAGGCAAUAUGUUUUGAAGAAAGGUUUCAAGAAUAUAUUAUCUAUGCAACUUGACGGUGUAGAGGGUCGAAGCUUAAUUUGCUGGUUAUUGGACCACAUUGACCUCGAGUCAAUGACUCUACGGGCCGGCAGAGGGAAGGAGCUCAAGUUUUCCAAAGAGGUCGUUCGGCUGGUACUAGGUCUUCCUAGUGCCGGCACCACAUCGCCAACUGUUUAUGCAAGUGCAAAAUCCAAGCAGGUCUUGAAGUUCAGGCAAAAUAUGAAUUUGGAGAACCGAGCAUUCAAUGUGGAAAUGAUGCAGGACCGUAUCAAAUCGGGGCGCACUGACGAUGCAACGAUGAUGUGCUAUUUCAUAGUCAUCUUCCAUAGCCUUUUGUUUCCACACGGUAGCUGGGACAUCAGCAAUGAGGAUGUUAUGCUCGCUCAUUGGGCGGUACAGUUUUCUAAGAUUGACUAGUGCCAGCUCAUAUACACGGACCUGUGUCACAGUGUCGAGAGGUGGCAAAAAAGGAAGAAAGACAAACAAACUGCAACUAUGUAUGGAUGCAGCAUUGUUUUCUUGUAAGUACCUACUGCCAUUCCGGGUUCCCAUCAAUGGUUGCAAUGUUAUGAUUCAAAUUUUUGUGCAGCUAUGGUAUCUUGACAACUUGAACCACAUGGUGUGCCCCCCAGAGAGGUUCAGAAAUCCCCGUAUCAAGUU